UGUUACUCUGAAUGCUAAUAUAAGUCUCCUCGACACUGGUUAAACGUAGGUGUUAUGCAAUAAAUGUGAUGCUGAGGACACUGGGAUUAGGCAAUUUGUAACGUUAGCUGGCGACCCUGUACUCUACACGGAGCAAGCUAGCUGGUUAGCUAAAGUAUAUGUAGUUACCGGCUAUCUGCACAAGCAAGACGUAUAGCUGCAUUUGACUGGACAAGAUAGCUAUCGGCUGUCAAAAUAUCAAGCCGUAUUCCUCUGAACUGAAACUAGACUUGUAGAGCAAGUGUAGUUGGUUGGUUUUUUUUCUUAGUUUAAGCGCGAAAACAACUUCUUAACUGUUUCAGCAAUGUCUUUAUCUACAACAGCAAGAAGAUUAUUUAACGUCAGUGUCUCACACUGCUCUUUGACAUUAUCAAGGUAUACUACCACAGCUAAGUCUUCGUCGAAGGCAAUUUCAUUGACCUGUCCGAGUAAACUUUACAUUCCGAGGAGGGAAAUAAGUUAUAGUAAUGUUGCCGGACCUCUCAGGUCAGAAAACAAAGUGACAGUUAAUUUCGUCAAUCGAGAUGGAGAGAAGAUAACAGUAAAAGGAUCCCCUGGAGACACUCUCUUAGAUGUUGUCAUUGACCAGAAUCUAGACUUUGAUGGAUUUGGUGCAUGUGAGGGGACGCUAGCCUGCUCCACUUGUCACCUCAUCUUCGAGGAGGAGGUUUACAAGAAGCUUGGCCCAGUCACCGACGAGGAGAUGGACAUGCUGGAUCUCGCCUAUGGCCUCACUGACACAUCACGCUUGGGUUGCCAGAUCUGCCUUUCAAAAUCCCUCGAUGGAAUGACGGCUCGUGUGCCCGAGAGCGUCGCAGACAUCAGACAGUCGGGCGAUGGCUCUGCCUAGUGUGUGCGGCUAGCCUAGCCCUCCUUCAACUACUGUACCUCUGUAAUUAAGGAAUAGACAUGUAAAUUUCCAUUUAAUCAGAAGGGAGUGGAGGCACAUGACAUAAAGUCUCUGGUCCAGAAUUGUUUUCAUUUUUUUUCCCAUUGUACGAGAGGGAUGACCUCAGGUAACAAGAGAGGUGUGUUACACUUUAGCAUAAGGUCCAUCAAAAGUUAGAGCAUGACAUACAUGUAGAGCGUAAGAUCUAUAGUGUAAGUUAUGUCCUAAACAUUCAUAAACAUUGAUUACUUGUGGUUUGCUUUUUGUUUAGUGGCAUUGUGAUGCUGGUGCCUUGAGUGCGAACACAUUUUAUAUUUUAACCCAAUAUAAAAUAAACAGUCUGGGCAUUUCAUAAAGAGAAUAAGAGGAUAAUGUAACUGAUUUUGUGUCAUACGUUUUUUUUGGAGCGGUGUAACACAGUGGGAAUAGAGCCCAAAGAGAAGAACCCAUGUCAAAACUGUGUAUGUUAUGGUAACACACACUGAUGGCUGACAUUCAUGUACGUUAAUACAAAGCGGCUUUACAUUACAUGACUAUGUUAUAUUCAUGUAACCUUUUUGUUUUAAAUUGUAUGGCACAGACCGAGGUGUUUCCCACAAGUACAACGCAAAGAAAUAAUCCGACAGCUUUAUAGGUUGUAGAGCUCUGAGUUGAAGUAAACAGACUUUUUCUUGUUUUAAUGUGAUAAGUUAACAGCACAGGCCUCUUCGGUCUGGUGAUAAAGUUUGAAGUCAUCAGGUCGGCUUCUCAAGCAAUGAUGUCAGUGCCUCUGUAAUAUUAUAUAUAUAAACGCUGUAAUUAGUGAAUCACUAAUGUAAAAUUACUCCAUAUGUACUUUUACACUUGAAUAUAAAACAAUCGUACAGAAUUGUGUCAAAUGUUAAAAUAAAAUAGUUUG